AUGGCUGGAAAUGGCAUGGAUGUGCCGUCAGUGGGAUUCGAGGCAUUGACCCGGCCAACAUGUUCGAGUUUUGCGCUACAAGAUGAACCUGAUGAACUUUCAGAUGAGUCAGAUGAGGGUUCCGAUGACUCAGCUUACUUCGCAGAUUGUGAUGAAGAUGCGCAACGUCCUGAGAAGGGAGUGGUUGAACUUUGCCAUUCCGUGUUGACCAAAUUUCUCAAGGGGAUUGCUGUGCUCGAGGAGAAUACGUACCACGGAAGCUCAUUGGUGCAAGAAUUGCUGGCGUUGGCUUUGGAGGACAUCAUGACCAUCUCCAAUGAAAAGCAGUCGGUCAGCCUCAUGGAGUCUCCGUUGCUGCGGCAAAAUGUGGCUGCAGCCCAAGCCGCCUUGUGCAUCAUUCCCGGAAAGAAGGAACCAAAGGCUGAAGAUAAGGUGGCGAAGGCAGAGCAGAAAACGGAGGUAACACCCCAAGCACAAAUCAUGGUGUUUCAGAAGUACAAUCUUUGGUGGAGCCUCAACGUGAAGCGUGUCAAGAAGUCCAUGAGAGCACGUUUGAGAUGGCAGGAACAGCAAUGGGUGGCGUGCACCAAUUUGGCCAGCGAUUACAAGGAAGCUGUUUCUUACAACCUGAAGCGCAACAAGGUGGUGCACAUGAAGGCUCAGCUGGAGAUUGGCUUACAAGUCGCUGAGCGCUUCAUGGAGAAGCGAUGUUUGAUGAUUUGCGGUUCCGAAAAGUCACAGUCGCAAGGGACUACAGGGCUUGUGCGCAAGGUAGUGGCAGAAGCAUCUGUCAAGUUUGAGGGGGGCAUGGCUCUAGCAGUGUGUCCCAUACUAGCUGGCGAAGGAGUGCUUGGUGGCUUGCGAGGAGAGUACAGGCGCAUUGAGGACAAGCACGUCUCGAUGGGUAUGGAGCUCAAGAACGUGCAGAUUACUUUCGAUCUCACUGCAACACACGGCAACAGGAACAUGCCUUGCAGCCUUCCUGCGUGGAUGAUUGUGCUCGAGUCUACGUUGGGUUGCAAACAGGGGACAUUGUGGAAGGCUCCUCGCAAUGCAGAACGUGAUGUGAAGGAUAGCAACGCAUUUUGCAAGAAUGAUUUCUGGCAGCUUGUGGCAUGCAAACCCAGUGACAAAGAAGAGACCGCCCAAUGGGUUGCAUCGCCAGCUACGUUGAAAGCCAUCUUGGAAUCAUGCCUUGCACGUGUCAGCACUUUGAAGGGGCAAACUUUGCUGGUCCAUCACUACACCCAGUAUGAUGGAAACUUUGAGAAGGUCGUGCUGGACGUCAUGGCGGACAUGCAGGAUGUGUGCCACAUUGCUUGCUUCUCACAAGUCGAGCAACCAACCAUCUUCCAGUAUGCAUUGCUGCAAGUUAAGGACAAGUUGCUGGAGGAGUGGAAGAACAACCGGAGCCUGAUCUCCAACAUGUCUCCCAAAUAUGUGGCUGAAGCUGAUCUAUCUGAUCUUGUGGACCCCAAGCGUCCCGUCCUCAAACUAUGCACCAUGACGCCAGAAGGAAAUUUGCAGAUCCCGGAGUCUGAGCGGAAGAAAUGGCUGAAUGACCCAGUACGAAACCCUGAUUGGCGCAAUCGGCUCAAGAACUUUGACGCCAUUUUCGCUCCCACAGAACAUCGUCCAACCCCAACACCCAGUUCCAUGGAGACGGACUUGGCGAAGGAAGUGGUAGAGGAGGCUGCGACGGUCACUACGUGUGAGACUCCGCCGUCCAUGUCAAUGGAAGAUUUCAAGAACAAAUAUCCAGAAGUUCAAAUCACUUUGUCGUUGAACUUGGGGGCAGAUGUGGUGGUCAGUGUCGUCAGCGACAAAGUUUUUUUGAGUUCGGCAAGCGCCUUUCAUGUGGCUGGUGCAAAUUCAACAUCUCCAAAGCCGCUAUUUCUCUACGCAGGAGGAUCAUGGAUUUCAGAUGGCAACAAAGCCAAGGAUUGGCUGGCGAAACCUGGAAAUGAAGGGAAGGGAGUUGAGUUCAGACUUGAGUCGGCAAAGAGUUUGGUUCCUUGGCUUCACUAA